AUGAAAACAGCAAGAGUUCAGUAUAAACGGAAUGAAACAGAUCUUGAUAUCUCGACGCAGACACAAUGUUUUCAGUUUAUUCAAGAGAAAAUUAUUCCUGACCUACUGAACUUGAAUGCAGAUUUUGACAGGAGCAAAAUAAAUUAUUUUAAAAUUUCGAAGAAUGACAAUAUUAAACAGAAAGUAGAGAAAUUACAAACUGUGACAAGUGGAGAAUGCGUCUGUGCUUAUGCGUAUGGGCCACAUCUUCAAAAAAUGUUGAGUAUACUGGAGAUUUGUAAGAAUGUAGUGAAGAAGAACGAUUUGGAAGGUUCCAUUAGCCAAUGGAACCAUUUGACAUGUUUUGAACUAGUACAAGAGGGUAGAAAUGAGUUACUGGAGAAGAAAAUUAACGUGCCGAUUCUUAUAAGUGUUAUUACGGCAAAUUCGGCGUUAGCUUCAAGUAUUGAAUUUAACACUAAUAAGUGGACUAAACAAAGCUAG